UUUGGGCUACACAAGGAGACGACCGGUCGCGGGCUCUGCCCGCUCCGGCUGGCGAGGGCGGGGGCGCGGGGCUCCCGGCUCCAGGCCGGCGCCAUGGGGAACAAGCAGACCAUCUUCACCGAAGAGCAGCUGGACAACUACCAGGACUGCACCUUCUUCAAUAAGAAGGACAUCCUCAAGCUGCACGCGAGGUUCUAUGAGCUGGCCCCCAACCUGGUGCCCAUGGAUUACAGGAAGAGCCCCAUCGUCCAUGUGCCCAUGAGCCUGAUCAUCCAGAUGCCAGAACUCCGGGAGAACCCUUUUAAAGAGAGGAUCGUGGAGGCCUUCUCUGAGGAUGGCGAGGGGAACCUCACCUUCAACGACUUUGUGGACAUGUUCUCCGUGCUCUGUGAAUCAGCACCCCGGGAGCUGAAGGCCAACUAUGCCUUCAAGAUCUAUGACUUCAACACUGACAACUUCAUCUGCAAAGAGGACCUGGAAUUGACUCUGGCACGGCUCACCAAAUCGGAGCUGGAUGAGGAUGAGGUGGUGCUGGUGUGUGACAAGGUCAUCGAGGAGGCUGACCUGGAUGGUGAUGGCAAACUGGGCUUUGCUGACUUUGAGGACAUGAUCGCCAAGGCCCCUGACUUCCUCAGUACUUUCCACAUCCGUAUCUGAGGACCCUGUGGAGGGCCUGGAAGCCUACCAUCUUUAAUGCUGUCUGCAGGGCUGUGGCCCCAGCCACUCAGGAGAAGAGCUGUGGCCCUGGGUUUACACCAUCAACAUCAAAAGAUAACUUUAACCAGGGAAGAGGGUGUGAUGUGAUUCAGCCCAGGGCCUCUGGUCCCUCUGUGGGUCUCCUGUCCUCCUGGGAGGAAAAGGCACGAAACCUAAGGGGAGGUGAUAGGAUCUCAGUUGUCUGUGUUCUAGGCAGACUCCCCAGUUGUCCAGUGAGAAGCAGGGGGAACAAAGAGGUCAGGGUUUUAACAAGCUAUGCAAUUUUACCCCCAAUCCCAGGCUGCACCUUGCCACCUUCCACCCUUUCUAAGGCAGAAGGGUGUGAUCAGCCGUCUAAAGGGCUCCAUCCUUGUCUCUUCCUGGUGUGUGAGUUCCUCCCAGGCCAAAUUGGCUGGCGUGUGCUGACCAUAGA